UUGCAGGUUAACCGCCUUAACAUACGUCACAAUAUACAAUACUAGGUCUUACCAACAAAUGUGGUCGCUAUCAUUUCUACACGGUCCAUCGCGUCGCGUUCACAGCAUCCAUGGGAAAACAAGAGCAAUGCCAGAUCAUAACCGCCAGCGCAGCUCUGUUUCUGUCGAUCGGUGGCAUUCUUCUGCUCGUCAUUCCCACCAAAGAUGUCAAAGAACCGGCACAGUUCAUGUAUGGAAUAGUCUUGGAUGCGGGGUCCUCCCAUACAGCUAUGUUUAUUUACAAAUGGCCAGCAAACAAGCAAAACGGUACAGGCAUUGUGAGUCAACACACAGAGUGUCAAGUUAAAGGAGGUGGGAUCUCCAGUUAUGCGGGUAUCAGAGGAGGAGCAGCCAAGAGCCUUCAAGAAUGUAUGGAACAAGCUGUUAAGGACAUCCCAAAGUCUAGACACAAACUUACUCCUUUGUAUCUUGGGGCCACAGCGGGUAUGAGACUAUUAAAUAUUUCUAAACCCAAAGAAUCUGGUGAGAUUUUAAAGGAAGUGGGAGAUAAAUUGAAGACGUAUCCGUUCAGCUUCAAAGGGGCCACAAUUUUAAGUGGACAAGAGGAGGGAGCCUAUGGAUGGGUCACAGUCAACUACCUGCUUGAGAACUAUGUUAAGUAUGGUUUUGUGGGUCACUGGCUGUCCUCAGGCAGACCCACGGUCGGUGCACUAGACUUUGGUGGAGCUUCGACUCAAAUCACCUUUGUGACUAAAGAAACAGUCGAGAACAAGGAUAAUCAGAUGAAUUUGCGGCUGUAUGGGCAGGACUAUAUGAUUUACACUCAGAGCUUUCUGUGCUAUGGGAGAGAUCAGGUCUUAUUCAGACUGCUGGCACAUCUGAUUAUGAAUCAGACAUCAAACAUCUCUAUAGUUCAUCCCUGCUAUCCGUCAGGUUACACUGGCUCCAUAAAGCUGGGCAGUGUGUUUGAUACUCCAUGUGUUAACAGACAAACUCCUUACAAACCUGAUGCCCCCCUGCAGAUAACCGGCACCGGAAACUACAAUCAAUGCUUGGGAAACAUUUCCAAGCUCUUCUCUUUCAACAACUGUUCUUAUUCCAAAUGCUCUUUUGAUGGAGUCUUCCAGCCCAACAUUACAGGAAACUUUAUGGCAUUUUCUGCAUUCUACUACACUCAUAACUUCUUGCAAAAAAAUACAGGCAUCACCAUCACCUCCCCAGCACACUUAGAGAAUGCUGCACGUGCCGUCUGCAACAUGAGCUUUCAGGAGAUGAAAACUAAGGGUGUGGAUAAGGAAGAGCGCUUGAAGGAUUAUUGUGCAGUCUCCAUCUUUGUUCAGGAGCUCUUGGUAAAAGGAUACGGCUUUGAUGAUGUCUCCUUCCCACACAUCUCUUUCCAGAAAAACGCGGGAGGCACCUCUGUUGGCUGGUCCCUUGGCUACAUGCUACGUUUAAGCAACCUGCUUCCUGCCGAAGAUACGUUUCUGAGAAAAGCAUUGCCUUCAGAUGCCUGGAACGCUCUGAUCGCCCUCUUUUCCCUCCUUCUUAUAACAGCUGUAUUUUUUCUGCUGCGUGCUAGCUGUAAGAAAGAAUCUGAUGGUGUUGUUUAAUAACAAACAUCAGGCACUGAAUGAAUUUCUACUUCCCAUUAUGCACUGCAAAGCUUUUCUGUCCUUGGCAGGGAUAGUUGGCCAACCUCUACUGUUUACAAUACAAUGGCAACAAUUAUGAUCAAGCAGUAGGUGUAAAUGGAUAAACCAUUUGUAUAACGUUUCUGCAACAUUUCAGAAAUACAUUUUUCAAUCAUAUUUUACAUAAAUUAUAAUCUUAAAAAAAUACAAUGUGCCAGUUUUGCUUGGAACAGAAAAGAUUUGGCCUGUGAUUUUAUUUGUGCUGUUUCUGUCUUGUACCUUAAGGGUAUUCAUUGUCAAAUUUAUGUUACUGAAUGUACAUGUGUCAGAUAAAUUGUGGUAAGGAACAAUGCCUAAACGAAUCAGAAGGAAUUGUUGUUUUGAUUAAUUUUGCUUAUGUGUAAUUCUGCUGUUUUUUAUGCUGUUUCAGGAAAUGGAAAAAAUACUGUAAUUUUUAAAUGAUUGAAUAAUGUGUUGUCAAAGUUGACAAGCACUUACUUAUUACUAUUAUUACCAUAGUAGGGAAAAGAACAAUGGUAGUCAAAAGUGCCUCAGAACUGUUAGCCGUCUUACAUUCUUCAAAAUGUCUUCUUUUGUGAAGAACAAAGAUAAAGAUAAAGUAGGCCUAAUUUUUCCUACUAUGGGAGUCAAUGGGGGGUCAAAUCUUUCUGGUUAUAAGGAUUUUUCCAAAUAGAUUUCUCUGUGUUCAUCAGAACAAAGAAAUGUAUAUGGAUUACGAAGUACUCGAAAGUGAAUAAAUGAUGACAGAAUUUUCAUUUUUGGGUGAAGUAUCCCUUUAAGCCAGGACUAGGCAUUAGUUAAGAAGCUUUCAUAAAAAAUGCUCUAGUAAAAACUAUGCUAGUGUGAAUCUUGAGUCAAAACAAUGGCACUGACAUGUUUUAGGAUCUGUCAUUGCAAAUUAUUUUCAGGCAGCCAGUUAACUGUCACCUGUUCCGUAUACGGGACACCUAAAUUUGCUUCAAUAUUGUGCAUUUAAUUUCUAAUAGAAUCAUGACAAACUAUAUAUCAUUGGAAAAGUCUAAGACUCUAGAAUACAGAUUUAUUUAGUGAUUUUUUUUCUAAUAGUUUAUGUAGGGAGAGUAAUUUAUUAUUUUUAAUAAAGAGUGUGCUUAGAUUUUUUGUUAUCCUUUUGCGACCCAUAUUUUUUAGUAUAUUUUUUGAUCAAAGAAAAUUAUAAACUUUUUUACAAUAAACCUACAAACAUACCUUUAAUUUGUUUUGUGCGUGU